UCCCCGGGGUGCGGAAUCAUCCCCGCGGCUGUAAGCUGUAAGCGGCAGCCGAGAAAGCCGCGGCUUCCAGCGAAGCGGCGGCCGCCGCGCGGGGCCUUUAGGAUGGUGGGCGGCGCGACCGUGCAGGGCCCGGUGAGCUUGCAUGAGCUGCUUUUAGCCGGGGUUCCUGCCGUUGCCGUGUCUGCCGCUGCCGCCGCUGCUUCUGCAGUUGCCGCGACCGCAGCUGCCGCACCAUCGGCGGCCCCGGCUGCUGCUGCUGCUGCUGCUGCUGCUGCUGGCGGCGGCGCCUGCCCCGGGGUUGCUCCUCCGGGGGAAGAGGAGGAAGUAUGCGUGGUAGGCAUCUUCGGCAAGACGGCGCUGCAGCUGGGCUCGGAGAAGGCGGCGCUGGUCAACACGGUCUGCGACCGCCAGGUCUUUCCUCUCUUCCAGCGGGAGGGCGGCGGGGGGAUCCGGAGGUCUUCAGCCGGGGUUGCAAGCCCGGAUCCCGUGGCUGAGUCCCCUCCUCGGCCUUCCUCCUCUUCCUCCUCCUCUUCUUCCUCUUCCUCCUCCUCCUCCUCUUCCUCUUCGGCCAGCCCAUGCCAGGGGGAUUACAACCACCUGCAGGCUUUCUACAGCCAGGAGAGCAAAGUGCUUUACCUGGUCCUGACCGCCAUCAGCGACAGCCACCAGCUCUUGCAAGCUUGCAAGGACUUGGAAGCCAUGGGGGGUUCCGUCCGCGGUGUCUCAGCCGGCCAGGCGGGCUCCUCGCUGCCCCACGCUGAAGCCCACGAGUUCUGGAAGCACCAGGAGAAGAUGCACUGCCUCAACCUGCUCUACCUUUUCUCCGUCUGUCACAUCCUCCUCAUGGUGCAUCCCACCUCCUCUUUCGACAUCACUUAUGACCGGGUUUUCCGGGCGUUGGAUGGCUUGAGGCAGAAAGUCCUGCCCACCCUCAAAGCCGCCAUCAAGGACUGCCCCGUUGGCAAAGACUGGAAGCUCUUCUGCCGGCCGUGCCCGCCUCGCCUACUCUUCCUCUUCCAGCUCAACCGGGCCUUGAAAGUGGAGCCUCCGCCGGGCCGGGGACAAGAACUGGGGGGCCAGCUGGAGAAGCCGCCCCCCAAGAAGCACUCGCCCAAACGCCGGCUCCAGCACGCCUUGGAAGACCAGAUCUACCGCAUCUUCCGCAAGAGCCGGGUGUUGACCAACCAAAGCAUCAACUGCCUCUUCACCGUGCCGGCUAACCAAGCGUUUGUCUACAUCGUGGCUGGUGGCGCCCAGGAAGGCGAAGACCCCAUUGCCGUCUUGCUGGAGCAGCUGAAAAACAACUGCACGGCUAGGGAGACCGACACUUCCCUGGGCCCGGGAUUGGCGGGCCCGCGGCGGUACCAAAUGAUGCGGCACGGCAGACAGCAGUUGUCGUUCCACGCCGAAAGCAGCGGCGGCGCCUGCGGGAGCAGCAGUUCGAGCUCGGGCCAGCUGGUGGAUUGCACCUUGAAGGAAUUCUUGUUCCAGCACGUAGAGUUGGUCCUUUGCAAAAAGGGCUUUGACGACAGCGUGGGGAGGAACCCUCAGCCGUCCCACUUCGAGCUGCCCACCUACCAGAAGUGGGUCGCCACGGCCCUGAAGCUUUACGAGGUGGCGAUUGAAGGCAAGGAGAAUGAAUCAUCCCCGGGUGGAGAGCUGACUUCCAAAAUCAUGGGCAGCAUCAAAGUUCUGGAGGGCUACUUAGACAUCGACACCAAAUUCUCCGAGAACCGUUGCCAGAAGGCCCUUCCCAUGGCUCACAGUGCCUAUCAGUCUAACCUGCCCCAUAACUACACCAUGACCAUCCACAAAAGCCAGCUGGCCCAGGCUUUGCGGGUCUACAGCCAACACGCCCGCGGGCCGGCUUUUCACAAGUACGCCCUGCAGUUGCACGAGGACUGCUACAAAUUUUGGAGCAACGGGCACCAGCUGUGCGAAGAGCGGAGUCUGACGGACCAGCAUUGCAUGCAUAAAUUCCAUUUGCUGCCCAAAGCGGGGGAAAAAACAGAACCUGAUCGCAAUCCGCCGGUCUUAUAUCAUAACAGCCGGGCCCGAUCGACCGGUGCCUGCAACUGCGGGAGAAAACAGGCACCCCGGGAGGAUCCCUUUGACAUCAAAGCUGCAAAUUAUGAUUUCUAUCAGCUGCUGGAAGAGAAAUGUUGCGGGAAGUUGGAGCACAUCAACUUCCCCGUGUUUCAGCCCAGUACACCAGAUCCAGCCCCGGCCAAGAACGAAGCCUCCCCCAGCCCUCCCGAAGGGGAAGCUGAGAAGCUGAAGGAGAAGGAGCCCCAAACUCAGGGGGAAAGCACCAGCCUCAGCUUGGCCCUCAGUUUGGAUCAAUCCACUGAUAGUUUAGGGACCUACCCUGCGGAUCCACAGGGUGGAGGCAACAACACAGAAGCUCAUGGAGCAGCGUCUGAAGCGAAAGGGGAAAAGAGAGCAAGCUUGGUGGAUCGGCAGCCGUCCACGGUGGAAUAUCUACCAGGGAUGCUUCACUCCAAUUGCCCCAAAGGUCUUCUCCCCACCUUCUCCAGCUGGUCUCUGGUGAAGCUUGGCCCUGCCAAAGCCUACAAUUUCCACGCCGGCUUGGAUCAACAAGGCUUCAUUCUGGGUACCAACUAUUUAAUGCCCUGGGAUAUCGUCAUCCGGACACGGACGGAUGAAGAUGGUGACCUGGAUACCAAUUCUUGGCCGGCCCCUAACAAGGCCAUUCCGGGAAAACGGAGUGCGGUGGUCAUGGGCCGAGGGAGGCGGCGGGACGACGUGGCGCGGGCUUUUGUGGGUUACGAAUACGAAGAUGCCCGAGGCCGAAGGUUCAUGUGUUCGGGACCAGAGAAGAUCAUGAAAGUGAUGGGCGGAGGACCUAAGGAGUCGGCCGUCAAAGCUCUCAAUUCCGACAUGCCCCUUUACAUCCUGUCGUCCAAUCCAGGGAGGGGACUUAAGCCGCACUAUGCUCAGCUGAUCAGGCUCUUUGUGGUAGUCCCUGAUGCUCCCCUGCAAAUAAUACUCACCCCCCAGGUACAGCCAGGGCCGCCUCCUUGCCCUAUAUUUUACCCAGAGAAGCAAGAGAUAACUCUGCCUUCCGAUGGGUUGUGGGUCCUUCGCUUUCCUUACGCCUACGUGACGGAACGCGGCGUGUGCUUCCCACCGAAGGAGAACCAGCAUCUGAUGAACUACAAGGUUCUGCGGGGAAUCCUGAAGGCUGUCAUACAAUAGACCGGGCGAUCUGAACUGGUUCUGCAAUUCUUGGGUUUACUAUCCUUAUUUUUGUUUUUUUUUUAUAAAUGUGUAAUAAUUCCUUGCCUCUUCACGCAGCUGUAACGGAAAUGAUGGAGAUUUUGAUUGCAUAUAGCUGGUGUGCUUCCAGCAAUCAUUGGUUUAAUUGGGCAGAGCCACCGUACGGUGGGGGGGGGAACAGUGUUUCAGUAUUGAUAUCAGGGGUGAAAUGUAAAUUUUUUUACUACCGGUUCUGUGGCCGUGGCUUGGUGGUGGUGGAGGUAAUGUGACAGGUGGGCGUAGCCAAUUCUUUUUUUUUUUAACUUUUCAAAGCAUUUUUUUCUACCUCUUCGGCUGAAGAGGUUGUAAAAAAAAUGCUUUUAAAGCCCUCUGACGAUCAGGCAACUCAGCUGGGAUCGCCAGAGGAGCCUUUUAAAAAGCGUUUUUUCCACAACCUCUUCGGCCGAAGAGCUUGUAGAAAAAAUGCUUCGAAAGGGUUCUGACGAUCCCAGCUGAGCCGCGCGAUCAUCAGAGGCUUUUUUUUUUUUUACUUUUAAAAGCAUUUUUUCGGCCAAAGAAAAAAUGCUUUUAAAAGUAAAAAAAAAAAAAAGCCUCUGACGAUCGCGCGGCUCAGCUGGGCAUGCGGGGGUGGGAGGAGGAAAGGAGGCAGGGAUUUUUGCUACCGGUUCUCCGAACCACCCACCGCCAUCACAACCGGUUCGGACGAUCCGAUGCGAACCGGGAGCAUUUCACCCCUGAUGGAUAUGAUGUGUUAAGUGCCAAGUCGGUAAUAUUAUAAUCGUGGGUAUGUCAGCAGUACAGCGAAGUUGUGGCUUGCCAAGCGCUGUCGAUCGUAAUGAAGGAAGAACAAAAAAAAAUUAUAAUAAAAACAUUCGUUUCUCCAUUGUU